ACUCGUUCUUCCGCCACUCGCCAUCUUGUCUUCGAUGUGCGUGGACGUGUGCUGUUUGAUCCGAAACUGAUUUCUGUGAUCGAAGUGUUGUUUUCACCCUUUUCGAGUGUCUCGAGAAGCUUGAAAAAAUGAGUUACGGCAGACCACCGCCUCGAAUCGACGGGAUGGUGUCUCUUAAGGUCGAUAAUCUCACGUACAGAACGACGCCGGAAGACCUCAGACGCGUGUUCGAAAGAUGUGGCGAAGUUGGUGAUAUUUAUAUACCCAGAGAUCGCUUUACUCGAGAAAGUCGUGGAUUUGCAUUCGUUAGAUUUUACGAUAAACGAGAUGCAGAAGACGCGUUAGACGCGAUGGAUGGAAGAUUGUUAGACGGUAGGGAACUCAGAGUUCAAAUGGCACGUUAUGGACGGCCAACGUCUCCACAUCGUAGCCGUGGUAGUCGUCGUCGUGGAAGAUCACGCAGCCGAAGCAGGGAUCGGAGACGUUCCCGCUCUAGAUCGCGUAGUAGAUCAAGAAGCCGAGACAGAGAUCGUAGGCGAUCAUACAGCCGUAGUCGCAGCCGCUCGCGUUCCGAUAGUAAGAGUUCUCGUGGAAAAUCUCGUUCCCGCAGCAAGUCUCCUGAUAGACAAAAGGACAGUCGUUCCAAGUCGAGGGACUGAAGUAAUUGAACCAUAUGCGAGUACAACUGUGAACAGAUGCACGCGCCGCGAGUGCAGAAUAAUCGUUUCUUGAGAACAAAAAGGUAUUCUAUUACCCUCUAUACCUAGAGCAACACUGUCGCACGUUCACAUUUCUUCUCACUUACAUAUUAAUUAUGACAACGCACUUUCUUGGGUUGAAAAGAAAAAAGGACAAAAAAAAUAUAGAAACCCAAACUAAUUUUAAUGUAAUUGUAUUUAGACUGUGAGUUUAAUGGACUCAUAAAGAUUUUCAUUUGAAAAUUUUCAUAAUUAUUCUAACUUUGUUAAGCGAUAUUGUCUAAAGUAAUACUUAUUUCGAUCGAAGAAAAGUAAAUGUACUUUUGCUUUCGCGUCUAAGAACGCUGUUGUAUAACGACUGAAACAGUUUGUUCUUGUGAUUAGAUAUGAAAUUCGUUACGAUCUUAUUAAUAAUUUCGAAAAUAUGCACUUGCACUAUACUUCAUGUUUGUUACUACUCUUCAAGAAUUUUUUAUUUUUUCCAACUUCGAAAACGGAACAGAGAACGUUUGAGUUUACACUCUAUCAAUAAAUAAAAUUGUUAUUAGUUUGAUGAUACAACGUUUUUGUCUUACAUUAAAAAAUAAUAGCGUGCACAAGUUCUAGUACAUUGUCGAUAUAAGUGAGUUAUAAGUGAAUAGAAAUUCGUUCUUUUCCCUUUUAUUUUCUCGAAUCGUGUUGUAACUGUUUUUAAACCAUGUUGCAUAUGUGGGUAUAAUAGCAGGAAAGCAACUGUUUCGAAAUUGUGUAAUCGUUUUCCAUCAUUACGAAAUUGUUCGAACCGAGCAACGUGGAUUUAAUAUUCCUGGAAAUGCAUAAGGGUGUUGAUGUUUAGUGGUAAUUAGCAGGUAAUGUAAAAUGUAUGUGGUCGACACGAGUCCGACUUCUGUACAAAUUUUAAA